CGCACGGAGUGUCGACCCGCGCACACGCGUCAAGGUCAAAUACGAUCUACAAGUAGUGCGCGCGUGCGACGUAAACAAAAGUGAUUAAAGUCAAAUAAUAUUUAAGUGACUACGUAAUAUUUAAAAUGGAGUGCCAAAAAUGUAAAAAGGUGUUGCCAAAAAAAGGAUUGCAUUUCAUAUGCCAAGGACCAUGCCAGGGCACUUUUCAUAGGAAUUGCGUGAAGGGUUUGGUAGCAGACUUAAAGUUGGGGAAAACCAGAAAUUACUGUAAUAACUGUGAGGAUGAGGGAUCGGAGGAAGACGAGCAGGAGGAGAGGGUACAAGACUACGGAAAUAUUCUUAAGGACAUACAGAAGAAAGUUGGCGAAAUACCGGGAGUUAAAAAACAUCUCGAUGCAAUCACUCAGAGCCUCAGCUUGCUGUCUGAUAAAUAUGAUACCUUGAUCGCAGAGCACGAAAAAUCAAGAGAAAAAAUCAAUAAGCUGGAGAAAAAAGUAGAUAAUAUCAAUAAUAAGUGUGUCUACCUAGAAAAAUGCAAUAUUGCGCUAGAACAGAAAAUGCGUGAUUUCGAGCAAACUUCUCUAAAGAACAACCUAGAAAUAGUAGGGAUAGAACAAGUACCUGGAGAAAACCUGAAGGAGAUAGUAUCGAAUAUUGCCCAAACUUUGAAGGUUAAUACAUCGGACAUCGAGAGCGUAAGGCGAGCUUCGAGUACCCGCGUGCAAAAAAGUGACGCAAAGCCGUCCCCGAUAAUCGUGGCGUUCAAAUCAACUGGAGUGGAAUCUCGCGAUAAAUGGCUAGCACAACGCCGGAAUAUGAUGGGUGUAACUAGUAAUGACAUCACAACGGGAUCAGCAACAAAUAAAAUAUAUAUAAAUGAAGCCCUCACUAAAUUCACCCGAGCUCUGCUAUGGAAUACAAAGAAGGAUCUUCGGGGCGCGUAUAAAUACAUAUGGGUGUCAAACGGAAAGAUUCUUGUUAAAAAAUUAGAUGGUGAAAAGUCCAUAUGUAUUCGUGAUGAAAGUGAUAUAUCCGAUUUGCUUAGCAAGAUAUAAUUUCUCCUUAUUCUUAACUUAUAAAAUUAUUAUGUUUAAAAGUUAUCAAUAUAAUUCGCAGACACACUACAAUUGGACUUAAUAUCUAACGAUGAAUCGAUUAAUUAUGUGUGUGCUGAUAACGUAGACAACUGGAUACGUCAAACAAUCUAUAGGAAGGACUUAUGUAUAAUACACAUAAAUAUAUGUUCUAUUAAGAAACAUU